AACGAGUGUGUGCGUAUGGUGGUUCUUGGUCUGUUGAAGACUCUCACUCAUUUGGAUGAUGUUUUAGUGAUGGAGGAGGAAGCAGGUGCUGCUAUUCAAGUGGCUGCCCAAUCUAGAAUCAACCAGGCAUCUCUGAUGACCCACUCUCGGACUGACAGUGAAUGUCCCCGCAGUCUGAGUUUGCUCUCUUCUGCUCACCUGCUCACACAGAUCAGCCCAUCUCCAUGGAAACACUCACAAGAGCUUGAGUUAGGCUGGACCACCAAAAUCACCGCACUGAAUCUUGAUGGCCAGCGGUUGACCCGGCUCAGUAAUCUUGACCGUCUAGUGAAUCUAUGCUGGGCUUCAUUUGACAAUAAUGAAUUAACCCGAAUUGAGGGUCUGGAAUACUGCCCCCUACUGGAGGAACUUUCUCUUAAUAACAACAGUAUCACCAGAUUGGAAGGUUUGUGUGCUAUGCAUCAUCUGACUCGUCUGAGCAUUAACAGCAACCACCUACAGUGUUUAGACGGGGAUGUUUUGGACCAGCUACCCAACCUUCACUUCCUGUCUGUCGAGAACAACAUCAUCUCCUCUCUUCAUGGACUUCAAAGGUCACGGUCCUUAUUUGAGCUGUAUGUCGGCAACAAUGACAUCAGCACUACCCGAGACAUAUACCACUUAAAGGCACUGUCUAGUUUAAUUAUUCUGGAUCUAUACGGGAAUCCCCUAGUAAACAAAUUCGAGAACUACAGGAUCUACAUGGUUUUCCAUCUGCCUUCACUCAAAGCACUGGAUGGAGUAGCUGUG